AUGCGCUUCAAAACAACCAUCAUCUGGUUACCGACGCAAGUCAGGGAUGCGGCUCUAGCGAUUAAGAGCGCGGCACCGAGUAGUGACAUUAAUAGGGAGUAUUUCGCGUACAACAUGGAUGGGAAGCCGGAAGGAAAUAAGCUAUUACUGGACUCUGGGAGAGCACAGUCGGCAGGGAAGAAGACGCUGAAGCAACCUGCGCGGACGGAUCUCUAUUACAAACGGAACUGA